AUGUCUGCCUCGGAAACCUACAGAGCAGCCCAAUUAGCUGCGAAGGCUGAGCGUAUAGCUACGAGUCAUCUCAAGAAUAUAGAAAUCGGGAAGCGCUCUAUACGUCUCUACGUCUCGCCCGCGCCAGUAAAUUUUGCUGAGAGGCGCUCUGUUCUGGGAGCGCUUGAACAAUAUGGACAAGGUCAAGGUUCUGCGUUCAUAUCACUGAUGAAAGAGAGUGAAGCUGCCACCAGAGCCGUCUCCUCAAGCCCAGUCAACAUUACUGUUCCUUCAUCCUGCAAGGAGCCAAGGUCCGUUGUGAAAGUAGACGGGCUAAAACCACGUUUUGAAAAGCAGCCUUCGCAGUCUUCCAACGACACCAAAUUUUUCAUCGAAAUAACUGAGUCUCCCGCAUACAAUCAUAAGGGUAGCUCAAGCUCGCUUCUCGCGAGUGUCUGGCCAGACUUUGUCACAGAAAAUAAGACUCUUGCUUCAAAAACUCUGCAACAGUCGCUCCCUAAUAGUAUCGCAGCCAGGGGCUUGAGCCAAUGGGCCGUUGAUUUCGGACGCGAACCAACAAUGGAUUCCAGAAAGAUUGACAGAGUACAAACCCGCAAUUGGGUUCCAACGAAGAUAAAAACACCGCCUAGAGCGCCAAUAUCGCAGGCAGUGGGAGAAUGGGAGCGUCGAAAACGUACGCAGCGCCGCCGGGAACCAAACUCAAAGGUGGAUGAGCAAGAGACGUGUAUCACUUCUGAAGACCAAGACAUUUGA